AUGUACGCCGUUGUUCCAUUAGAUUUGAUCACUUCCGGUAUCACCUAUUUCGACCGCGGGCAGACAGCCAAAACAGGAAAUGUCUAUGGAGCGCACUUAUGUCACAUACUGGACCAAUUUUGCGCAGAUACAGAGAGAGACCAGUGCGCCAAAAAGACUGCUCAGACGUUGUGGAGGGGUCGAUCUCUUCCUCCCGAGUAUAACAUUGGCAGCUUACAGCACCCUAGAAUCUUGGGGACCGCCAGCAAGAGCACUAUAUUUCCUGUGGGUGACUAUCUGUAUAGCUUUGAAUUUCUUCUGCACAACUCCCUUCCGGAGAGCAUCAAUACCGACCUGAUAUCUACCCGAUACUACCUGGAAGCUAUAAUCGAACCGCCUGGUCCAUUUUCUUCAAAGGUGGUUUCUCAGCUUGAUAUCCCGGUCAUUCGACUGCCAGCAGAGAACUCCCUGGAGCUGAUUGAGCCGAUCAUCUUCUCCCGCAAAUGGCGUGAGCAGCUCGCCUACGAUGUUUGCAUUUUCGGAAAGUGUUUCCCUCUUGGCUCGCAGAUACCAAUCAGGGUAAAAUUGACUCCGUUAGCCAACGUACGAUGUCACUGGAUCAGAGUAUACGUGUCUCAGCACGUACAGCAUCGGACAAAGGGAAAAACGAGUCGCUUUUUGCAGCUACCCACGAAAAAGGUGCUUCUGUUCGAAAAGCAGGCUGGGCUCGCAAGUCACAGCUCGUACCCAGGCAGCACCCUGCGAAUCAUGACAGACGAGGGCAGACCAAGAACCCCCGGCAUCCAAACCACGAAUCUGCUAGGGGAAGAAUCGGAAACCUCUGACAUCAAAUUAGAGGUACAGCUGCCUCGGUGCCCGGAAAUGAAGAUCAAAGAAAAAACACAACGGCUUAACUUCAGUAUCAAGGGCGGUAGCCCUGAGGUAAAUCAUUGGAUCCAGAUUGUUCUGUGUCUUUCGCCAGCAGACCAAGACGGUAUGGGCUCAAGCAAGGCUCGGCCAGUGGAGUUGACAAUCGAAGCACCUUUUACUAUUCUGUCCUGCAGGGCUACCCCGGCAAAUAUCUAUGUCCCACCAUAUCAGGUAGAAGGUGCUACCGAAGUGACGGCGUCUCAAGAAGGACAAUGUGGGUGUGGCCAAAGUCCCCGGUCGAUAUCGCUUGCCUCGAGGCAUGAAGCAGAAGAACCUAAAGCCGCAGCCAAGGAAAAUUUGAUGUCUGUUAAAGGAAAAUUCCCGGGAGAUAUUACGCAGCCGGUCAGCUUCGAUAGUAUGUCCAGUGACAUCAAGCAACCCGCUCGAGCCCAUUUACCCGAUUGGGGCCUUCCUUCUGAUGAACUUCACCGGCGACCUUUUCCUUAUAGGAGCAGGCAAUGGUAUGGCGGAUAG